AUGGACCCGAGCCGGCGAGACUGGCACCAUGACAUUCGCCGGCUUCGUGGUGGCACUGGUGAUCGGGACGAUCCCCGGAACCCGCGGGCUGGGGCAGGUCUCCGCCAGCCUCCCGGCUGCCCGCCACCCGCAGCCCCCGGCCCCGCCGGCGACCCCAGCUGGCUGCCCCCUCCCGCGGGCGGCCGGGGCCGGGCGGAGCGGGGCCGCGCUGACUGCGAGCGAGGGUCAGUGAGACUCCAGGGUGGCAAGAAUGAGUUUGAAGGUACAGUGGAAGUUUAUUUGAAUGGAAUCUGGGGAACAAUCUGUGGGAGCCAUUGGGACAACAAUGAUGCAACAGUCAUAUGUCGACAGCUUGCACUUGGUGGAAAAGGUACAGCAAAACACAUACCAUUUUCCGGACUGGGUCUUGUUCCUGUUUACUGGAGUGAAGUGCGUUGUCGUGGUGAUGAAGAAAAUAUACUGUUAUGUGAAAAAGUCAUCUGGCAAGAUGGAACAUGUCCUCAAAAAAUGGCAGCUGCUGUCACAUGUAGCUCUUCCCUGGCCCCUGUCUUUACUCCGAUCCGGCUGGCUGGUGGGAACAAUGCUCAUGAAGGAAGAGUAGAAGUCUACCACGCUGGCCAGUGGGGAACUGUCUGUGAUGAUCAGUGGGAUGAUGCAGAUGCUGAAGUUGUCUGUCGGCAGCUUGGCCUUGGGGGUGUUGCCAAGGCAUGGAGCCAGGCUUACUUUGGAGAAGGCUCAGGCCCCGUGCUGCUGGAUGAAGUGCAGUGCACAGGAAAUGAACUAUCCAUAGAACAGUGUCCAAAAAACUCCUGGAGAGAACACAACUGUGGCCACAAAGAAGAUGCUGGUGUUUCGUGCACGCCUCUCACAGAUGGUGCAUUAAGACUAACAAGUGGGAAAGGCAGUCAUGAGGGACGCCUGGAGGUCUAUUAUACUGGGCAGUGGGGCACAAUCUGCGAUGAUGGGUGGACAGAGCUGAAUACACAGGUGGUUUGCCGGCAGCUGGGAUUUAAGUAUGGAAAAAGUGCUCCUGAGAGCUACUCAGAAGGAAGCUCUGGGCCUAUCUGGUUGGAUGAUGUCAGCUGCUCGGGGAAGGAGACAAACCUUCUGCAGUGCUCAAGGAGAGAGUGGGGAAAGCACGACUGCAGCCAUCAGGAGGAUGUCAGACUCAUUUGCCAUCCAGAUAAUGACAGCCAUAAACUCUCACUUGGUCCCCCCAUCAGGCUGAUGGAUGGUGAGAAUAAGAAGGAAGGACGCGUAGAGAUUUUUAUCAAUGGCCAGUGGGGCACAAUUUGUGAUGAUGGAUGGUCUGAUAAGGACGCAGCUGUAGUCUGUCGACAGCUUGGCUACAAAGGUCCAGCUAAAGCAAGGACAAUGGCAUAUUUUGGGGAGGGCAAAGGCCCGAUCCACGUGGAUAACGCAAAAUGCACAGGAAAUGAGAGAUCCUUGGCAGACUGCAUUAAGCAGGACAUUGGUACGCACAACUGUCGUCACAGCGAGGACGCAGGAGUCAUCUGCGACCACCUAAGCAAGAAGAACCCUGGGAACAGCAAUAAAGAUUCUCUUGCUUCUGUUUGUGGAUUGAGGUUACUACAUCGUCGACAAAAGCGAAUAAUUGGUGGGAAAAAUUCCUUACGAGGCGGCUGGCCAUGGCAGGUUGCACUCCGACUGAAAUCUUCUCAUGGUGAUGGAAGACUCUUGUGUGGUGCUACUCUCAUCAGCAGCUGCUGGGUCCUCACAGCUGCACACUGCUUUAAAAGGUAUGGCAACAACACUCGGAACUAUGCCGUGCGAGUUGGAGACUAUCACACAUUGGUACCAGAAGAGUAUGAGGAAGAAAUUGGAGUCCAACAGAUUGUGAUGCAUAAAGAGUACAGGCCUGACAGCAGCGACUAUGACAUUGCACUGGUGAGGCUACAGGGGCCGGAGGAACAGUGUGCCAGGUUCAGUACCCACGUCUUACCUGCUUGUUUGCCAUUAAGAAGAGAGAGACCACAGAAAACUGCUCCCAACUGUUAUAUCACCGGGUGGGGUGACACAGGAAGGGCUUAUUCAAGGACACUACAACAGGCUGCCAUCCCCUUACUUCCCAAGAGGGUAUGUGAAGAGCGUUACAAAAGAAGAUUCACAGGAAGAAUGCUCUGUGCUGGAAAUGUUCAGGAACAGAAACGUGUUGAUAGCUGUCAAGGAGAUAGUGGCGGACCACUGAUGUGUGAACGUCCAGGGGAAAGCUGGGUUGUGUAUGGUGUGACCUCCUGGGGCUACGGUUGUGGAGUUAAAGAUUCUCCAGGUGUCUAUACAAAAGUAUCAUCUUUUGUACCCUGGAUAAAAAGUGUGACCAAACUAUGAAUGACCAUAAUGGAAAACAAACUUUAUUUUAAAAGUUUGAGGCAGGACAACUUGAACAGCACAAUCAGUGCACAGCUGGGGCCCACAGUGUGGCACAUUUUCCUGAUUCAUGUGUUUUUGUUAAAUCCAAGCUAUAUACACACAAUGUUUCCAGUUCAGGAUUACUAUCCAAACAAAACCCUUCUGUGUUAAGGAAGUUUAUAUAUUGCAUGAACAAGCUACCAUGUAUCUAAGCUGAGGAGAAAAGUGAUAGCCAGCUUAGAGUAACACUGGAGCAGGAGGACAGCUGGAGAGUUCACCAUGAGAUUCACUACCCAGAGGAAGACCGUAGUAGCUCCAAGCUAUUUAUUCUCCAGACUUAUCUAGAAUUAAUUACAGAUCCCAGCCUAGUUUAUUUAAUCAGUUGUUGACUGUUUUACUGUUGUUCCUAUGAUCUUACACUCAGCCCUCUAAUUUUGACUCAUCUUUCAUUAGCUAAUGAGACCAUUAGCAGGUUGAUUCUUUGUAAGUAAUUCUGAGUAUGUAUUAAACAUUAGAAGAAAAAUAAUUGUGAAUAAUCAGCUCUCCAGCUAUUCUGACAACUGUUCUCACAGCUUACUGUGCCUAAAGUACAUUCCCAAGUAAAACACGCAGUACGCUGGAAGUUAGUUGCCCUGCAAACAUCCUGCACAGCUGCAAGAGCUAGAUCAAAAACAAAUGACCUAUUUUCUUUCCUCUAGACAGAUACACUUGUACUCUUUCUGAAACUCAUAAUUUUUAGUACAUACAGCAUUUCAGAGAGAAUUUACUUUUCCUACUUGCCACUAGCUGUCAGUACAGUAUCAGACAAACAUCCCAAUUCUCUCAUUGAUGGUUUUGGAGGGGCUUUACUCAAGUAACACUGAGAACUUGUGACAAUCUUACAAGAGGAAGUUGUAAGUAUGUGCAAUGCAAAUCCUGGAGAUGUUGAGUCUUAAACUACUAUUCUUUACAAGAUAUUUAGACAAUUCUCUCUUGCUUAGUUGCAACACUGGUUCAGACUGAUCUUACAGGAAAGGUGAGAGCUAGAUAGUUUUCAGUGACUUAUGAAGUAUUCACAUAUUUUGAUUACAUUUAAUUCCUUUUACAGAUACUAUUCCCCACACUAUGAAAACCUUAAUGGUUUAUUAUAAAAAUGCACUGAUAAAAAGUCACUGUUGAUGUACAAGACAAAUACGAACCAACUUGCUAUCCUUAUAUAAAGGGCCACCCCACUUAACUUACCACCCAGAACACAGGAAGUAAUCACCAUCUUAGGGCAACAACAACAGGUAUCAGGCUUGAAAAUCUUUGAGACUAACUACAGUCAAGAGGGAGACAGGAAAGUUCAGUGCUACCUCUAUGACCCCUGCCAAAGGCCAUUCUGCAUGUGUGCUCUACACAUUACAUUAACAAGCAUGCUUCUUAAAAAGCAGAACUGAAAGCUCUGUGGGCCAUAAAACACUCCAGUGUGGCAGAUGUGUGUCACCAUAGACUGACUGUGCAAACUGUGACUACCGGUGACUGUUGUCCUAUCCCCAAACACUGGCUAUCACAGUGUUGUGCGGCGUUUUGUGAACAAAGUGGUAUGCUUGUACUCACGUUGUAAGUGGGCAGUGAUUCAUUUCUGUAUCGUUCUAUGUGUUCUAAAAAAUAUCCAAGGCAACUCAAUUUGCAUACAAAAAUGACAACAUUGCAGAAGCCCAUGAGAUUGAAGACUUAGCCCUUAAUUUCUCUCUGACCUCAAACUUAGUUUUCAAGGGUCAUGACUAGUUUAAAUAUCUUGUUGGAGCUGGUGCUAAACUAGUACAUGAGGUGCUUCAAUGUAUUUUAGUUUUCUGUAAUUCCACACUAUUUGAAAUAGUGUGAAAUAUUUUAUUUAAAAAUAUGUCCAAAAUCAUAGUACUGUGACCACCUACUCUUAGACCUGCUAGUGAACUUCAAACCCAUUUAUGUUUUUACUUAUUGCACACAGCCCUAUUAAUUAAAGGGGAAGUAAAUCUGUCAAAAUAUAUCUACUUGUACCAUCAAAGCUUUGCUAUACAAGACCCAUUAUUUUGAGACUUGUGGUGAAGUAGGCUAUAUAGUGCAAUACAUGUGUUGUGUACAGGGAAAAUAAUUUUUAGAAGUUGUACCACAGAAAUAUGAUACCUGGGGGGGGGAUCAAGUCUGCAUACUAGAUGUAGUAUUUAGUACAGUAGAUUUGCUCUUUUAAUAGGAUGCUUUAUUAGAUUUUAAAAUGUUGCACUAUCAUUUUCAUGAGAGAGCAUGUCUUUUCAGUUUCGAACAUCAAAUGAAAUUGUGUUUAUUAUGCCAUUCUAAUUUUUGUUCAAUGAGCCUGAUGAUGCAAAUGUAUCCAAUAAAAACUGCCACACUGACCA